AUGAUGACAGCCAUGGCUGGAAGUGACCUGAACAAGCCGACGGGCGACCUCAACCAAGCUGAGCGAGGGGAGAUGCCAGUUGUGCAGGGCAUCCCAGUCAUUGGCCCCAGUCCCGGCAUUGUGGGCGCACCCCAGCUUGCAGCGCCAGCUCCCGUCUUCACACUGCCCCCGGAGUGGCUUGUUGUCUUGAACUACCGAGUGGCUGUCAUGUGUUUUGCCUUCAUCAACUUGCUGACCAUCGUGCUGAACGUAGUCACUGCAAUCGUGAACAGGAUCAGAUUUCCGUGGCAUCCUAGUUGGGGCACUUGGCCAGUGAUCGCCAUCGGAGUGGUUUUCAUGCUCGGCCCCAUCUGCGGCCUCAUCGGUGCCAGACACCUCAAGCGUGGACUUGUCACUGUGUACCUCGGCUUCAGCUUUCUGCAGUGCGCAAGCCAGCUAGCUUUUGCAGUCUCUUCAUUCUGGCUCUCGGCGAUCUUCUUCGCAUUCGUACAGGCCUGGGUGACGAAGAUCGUGGCCACCUUUUGGUACUGUUUGGGCACAGUUCCAUGUGAGCAUCGCAGCCAGCUGUUGGAACUGAAGGACGAAGAGGACCCGGAGGCCCAGUUUGUUUGUGGCUCCCUCACCCGCUUUCAGGAAUGCUUUCGAAUGCUCCGUGAAGUGUACUGGGAAUCUCAGGGUUCCACCUCGGGGCGUUGUGCUCAGGGCUUUCACUUCGGAAACGACCUGGACAAGUCGAAAUACACGCCUCGGGAGUACGUCAUGGCGAAUGCACGCAUCAAAUGCGCGGAGGUGGUCAUGAAGCUGGCCCACCCCAGACACCCCCUUUCCGACGAGAUGGAAAGGAAGGUUGGAAUCGUCAUUGGUUCUGACACUGUUGUCGUCCUGGGUGAGACCAUCCUGGAGAAGCCCCAGGAUAACCGACAAGAGAUUCCUGAGACCGUGAGUGCGAAAGCAUAUUGCAAGGACGAGGAACAUGCCCUCCAGAUGCUGCAGAGGACCCAUCAAGGUCCGAUGAAUUCAAAAUGCGCCAUAUCUGCCGGGAGCCUCGCACGAAAGAUGACGACGGCACGCAUCACGUUUUGGGAAGGCACCAGCAUGACCCAGGAGCUAAAGGCCUACAUCGCCACUGGGGAGCCCUUUGACAAAGCCGGAGGCUACGGCAUCCAGGCGUGA